CGGUUACCUGUCAUCACAGGAAGAGAGGAGUGACAAAACUAAACAAAACAGUCAAUAAAGAAAUGACUACUAGAUCCGAAAAAGAAAGGCAAAAAGCCCAGCAAGAAAAAUUCCAGGCCAUUUUGUCGAAUCUCUUGAAAGAUGACGACAACAAAUAUUGUGUAGACUGUGAUGCUAAAGGACCAAGAUGGGCAUCGUGGAAUUUAGGGAUUUUUUUAUGCAUAAGAUGUGCAGGUAUCCAUCGGAAUCUUGGUGUUCACAUCUCAAAAGUUAAAUCUGUGAAUUUAGACACAUGGUCUCCAGAGCAAAUAGCGAUGAUGAUGGAAGUGGGCAACAGUCGUGCUCGUGCUGCAUAUGAAGCCAACCUCCCAGACAAUUACAGACGACCACAGGCUAAUGGUGCACUUGAGAGUUUUAUACGAGCAAAAUAUGAACAGAAAAAAUACAUGGCAAAGGAAUGGGUCCAACCAAAACCUACCAUACCAAAAGAAUUGCUAGAGGAUGACAAGGACAAGAGAAAGGCUAAACCAAAACCAACAGGACAAAUAUCAUUGAGUUCUGUACCUAGAGUAAGUUCAGAACCACAGAUGACAUCACAUUCUAGUAAACCAUCAAAUCCUAAACCAGUUCAGACUGUAAAAGCAAGUUCACCACAGCAACCGACUCCAGCACCGCCACCAAAGAGUUCAACUACAGGAGAUUUAAUAGGCUUGGUGUUUGACCAGCCUACCAAUGUUGCAACAUCAGCAACAACAUCAGAUGCUCCAACAGCUGUACAAAAUACUUCUAGCAGUCUGCUUGACGAUUUCAUGGGUAGUUCUGCCCCUUCUUCAUCUAGUCAGCCAGUACCUCAGCCAAACACAGGCCAGGUCGCUAAUGGUAGUUUGGAAGCAAAUUUAUUUGGUGAAACAACCAGUACAGAGAAAACAACAAAUGUUUCAACAAAAGAUUCAAUCAUGGCAUUAUUUGGUGGUGGCCAACAAACUCAACAACAAUUUGGUGUUCCAGCCAGUACGUGUAGCUAUACGUCACCUUAUGAGGAAGUGGGUGGGGUAAUGUCCUCUACUUACAACACUAACCCUUUUCAAACAUCACUGAUGUUUGCAUAUGCUGAUCCAGGAGGUGUAUACAUGUCACAACAACAACAACCACCACAACAACAACCACAGAUGGGUGUUGGAAUGUAUAACAUGCAACAGCCACAACAACAACAACAAAUGCCCCAGAUGAAUGUACAACAGGGCAUGUACGGUAAUCAGAUGGGCAUGAUGGGUAUUAAUCAAGCACAGAUGGGUAUGGGGUCGAUGGGUACGAUGCCCCAGGGACAGAUGGGAAUGCAGCAGGGGAUGAUGGGAAUGCCAGGUGCUCAGAUGGGAAUGUAUGGACAGCAACAACAACAACAGCCUCAGAUGCAGCCGAUGCAGUUUCAACAGAUGCAUCAGCAGAUGACCAACAUGAAUUUAGGCCAACCACAACAGAUGGGGAUGGGCUGGAGUGGGUCUCAGUCAUCAGGACACACCUUGUCAACAAACCUGUGGCAAUGAUAGACAACAGGGACUUAGGGACAACAUUCCAACCCCCUCAGAAUCAUACAUGGAUAGCUUUUUUUUUCAGAGCUGUUAAGAAGUGGUUCCUUCCAAACCCUUUUGGUUGCAUGUUCCAGAUUAUUUAGAGCUCAUCAUACAAGCAGUUCUGGUUAAAAAAAAUAUGGUUUAUAUUGUGGAACAGACAUUUUCUUUUAGGCUGAAUCUGGUUUAUUUUAAAGAAAUUUUAAGUUAGUUCCUUUACUGUUCUGCGUUAUCUCAAAUGUAAAUUUUAUAUGUUUUACAGAUACAGACAUUCAGCCUGAAGGCUUUACACAAUAAUUGAUUUUUUCUGUAUUACUUAUAAUUUGGUUAGCUUAACUAUGUAUCAUUCGCUAAAUUUUAAGGGGUAUGGUACAUAUAGGGCUUUUUUUGACAAAGAAUUGUCUUAGUCAGUAGGAUAGAAAAUAAAUCUUUAAGUAUGUGCUGUCAUAUACUCUCAUUUGGGAAGUUGGAAGUCUUAUAGUUUUAUGCUCCCCAAAGGGUGAGCAUGAAGUUACUUUAACUAUGAAGAGAUUAGGAAUGUAUGUAAAGAGCAGUUUUAACUGAUGUGAUAUAAAACAAAAAUACCUAUAGACUUUCUAUUUAGUAAUUUAAGAACUAAUAACAGAUGUUGUCAAAUUUAUUGUAUUUCUAUAUUCACGGGUAACAUGAGUCCAUUUUAUCAUUAAACACUGAAAAAAUUUAUGCACAUUUUUCGAAAGUCUUACCAAUUUGAGUAAAUAAUGACGAAUGGAAAAUGCCUGUUCUUUUCCGAGUCGGAUACAUCAAUGUUAUUUGCCAGUUUCUAUUUAAAAUCACAUUUGUCAGUAUACGUAAUUUAAAGAAGAAAAUUGCGCACAAGAAAUUUCAAGAUAUAAAUAUCAUAAAAUAGGGAAUGUGCAAUGUGUAAAUUUAUUGACAUUGAACAAUUAGAUACUUAAAGUUGAAUCCUUCUGAAUGAUUUUGUAAUAUAGGUUAGUACAGAAUUAUAUGUUGUAGGAAUAGUUGAACUGGGCUCAGAUUUACCAACCUUUUAUAUUAGAAAUUUAGGCAAGGAAAUUGCUUAAUUACACAUUUUUGCUAAUGGGAAUAAUGGCAGUAAAUACUACCCGACUGUCUAUACAUGUAGAAAAAAAAACUUGCUGAUGCAGCUUUUGUUUUCUGUCAUUAAUCCCAGCAGUAUUUUCUUAUUGUUGAUGUAAUUUUUCAGCUUAAACAUUGCAGAUUUGUAAAAACUGUGCCAAGUUAAAGCAAAAUUCUUAAUGCUUUGGAAAAUUUAGAGGAGUUUGUAUUUUUGAGACUGUGGUUUGAAUAACUUAAAGAUUAUUAAUGGGCAACAGCCAUGAAGUUUGCAUGGCAAAAAGAUUUGUAAAUGAUAUGUUAUAAGUAGUGUAAACAGCAUGUCAGUAAUAAAAAUUGCAAUGAGUUUUUUAAAAAUUUUAAUACAUUGUCUUCAUUUUAAAAUGAAAAUGUGAUGAAUGCAGAAUUUGAAAAUCACGAAUUGCUUGAAGGUGUAUUUUGUAGAGAUGUGAUUAAUUUGUUAGAUUAUUGAGCUUUUUAGGAAAAAGAAGUUGUUUCUUAACUAAAAUUGCCCAAAAUAUGUUUGUUUUUGUAACUCAUUUUAUGCUUAAAUAUGUAUCCCUUUUUGCAAGUGUGGCUUUUUUGUCCACAGGAUCUUUGAAAUAUCAUCUGUUGAUGAAUAGUCUCUUCUUAAGACCAGUUUUCCUGACAAAAGGUUCAUAAAACACAAAUUAGAUAGUUACUGUUAUAUAAUAGUAUGUACAUUGAUUAUCUAUGAUUUUCACUUGACAUUUUAAAAAGUAUGAGUUAGUGAUCCACAUGUUGAAUUUUCUGGCAAUUAAGCUAACAAGGGAGAGUUGUCUGGCUUCUAGGUGGCUACAAGUAUGACCCUUUUGUAUCAUACCUGGUUUCUUUGACGGUGAAUUUGUGUCUUAAUUUAGGGUUAGCUAUUAGUAUAAGUGGAUAGUCUGACAUCUGUCUUCCAAAAUGUACAUAAACAUCUCCUGAAACUACUGGUUUGAAUUACCCCAGACUUGAUCUGUAGCACCUGUAUAUGGACCUUUCUCUGUUUUGUUUAAAUGGUCACCUUGGCAACAUUAAAUGUCUGCUAGAGCUAAAACUAGAAAAAGUCUUUAUACAACUUCUUUACAUGAACCCCUUGAGGGAUCUUCACCGAACUUGGGUCUGUGGCUCUUUGUAGAGCCUUCUGUAAUUAUUGUUCAAAUGAUUACCCUUAAACAGCUUCUCAUAAAUCGCUUGAUGGAUCUUCACCAAACUUGGUCUGUAGCAUCCUUGUAAGGAAUUCUUUCAUGAUUGUUUAAAUGGUUUGUUCCAAGUGACCCAUUUUAGUGGCUCAUAUUAAUCAUUCUAACACGAUCCGCAGCAGUUGCUAUGUAAACAUAUAGCGAAAUCGCCUAUACAUGAAUCUACGAUAAAAUAUAGCUCUUCCAUUCCGCCCUACGAUUGUAACAUGACUGUGAGAUUUACUCUGCUUUGACCCGUUAUAUACAGUAUAAUAACAACUAAAUAUUCAACUUUUUCAGUGCUAGUAGUAAUAAAAAGUACAUCAAAUUUUCUGAAACAAACUAUUUCUAACUGAUGAAUUUAUUUGUUUAUAUUUUUACCGUAAGAAAAUGUUUCAGCCCGGUAAGUUUCAAUUUCAACACCAGUGCAUCUAUGUCUGGUCGUGUGUGUAGUUUACAAUGUCUGCGUUGAAGGCACCACAAAUGUCAACUAGAUUCUACUUUGACAGUAAAUAAAUCAUAAUUCAUGUUCCAAUCUUCCAGACUCAAGUGUUUACGUGUUUAUAUGCCGCCGCAAUGUUCUGGCAUGUAUGUUUCAGUGCCAUCAUGUAGGUGACGUGUACUAUUUUUAGAAACUGCAUAUAUAAACUAUAUAUAUAUAUGAAUUAAGUAUUUACCUCUGAUUUCUAUACCCGACCUUAGAUGUUAUUGAAAAUAACAUUUUCACGGCAAUACCUACUUAACACUUUAAGUAAAAUUUACUGAAUAUCGGAAAAUUCCGUUUGAUGCAACGCUUUCUACUCGUGGGGAGGUUUUUAUAAUAGCAUAUGGCCAGCCGAAUGACAUAUCGCGCUAAAAUGUAGUGCUGUAAAAUGCGAAGAAUUUGCAUGGUUAGCGUCGAAAUAAUAAAUAUGUUCCAAUAAUUUUAUCAGUUAAUAAAAUAUAGGCACAUAUUUAUUAUUUCUUAAAUAAAAAAAUAAUCAAAUAUGAAAGUUAGUUUUUACUCUAGUAAACAUGACUAUCAUAACAAAAUGUGUUUAUACUCAUUUGCUUCAGAUAAAGGAAUGAUUGGUCCUCCAACCCUUAUCGAAUUGCUCAACCUCAAUUUCUCAUAUCCCGAAUAUGUACCACAUAUCACAAAGUCUUAUGGGAAGCAAAAAAUAUUUCAAAAGUUACAACAAAGAAGUUUUAUUUGUAGCAAUACUUUGUGUUUCAUUCCUCAAAUAAUUUCCAUGAAUGUUUAAACCGUAUUUACCAAACUUGUCAAAAACACCAUCCUUACAUCUGUGGCACCUCAGUUUCAAAAACAGUAAGGUUUCUCCCUUCAAAACACUUGCCCUUUACUUCUGGAUUCAACCUGUUUGACAUUGUCAGAUGUGGAAGCCAUCCAUCUUUCUUACUGAAGUUGAUGAUUUGACCUAUAUCAUCUGACUUACAAUAUUCCUCAGGUGAGCGAAGUAGGGCCAUCAUGGCCCUCUUUACAAUGCAUGUACUUGGGCAGUUAUGAGUUUCUUGUGAAGAAAUUUUAUAAAAAGUGGGUUGAUAAGGUGACAGACAUCCAGUUCUGUACCAAAUGCUGUAAAAAACAGGAAGUACAAAACCUUCUCAGUGUUAAUGUAACAAUCUGAAAAAAAUUAAUGUUAGAUUCAGUAUCAAGACAAAGGCAGAUGAAGUAUAGAGGCAUGUACACAUUGAAAAAUCUAUUGUUGCACAGUCUGAUGGGUUAAAAAAUGUCUGACAAAUCUGUCAUGUUUUCUCCCUUCAAGCAAAAAUACUCCUUAUUUUACAACCAGGUACUAAUAUCUCGGAGCUAUUCUGGAUUCCGGUCCAUACGUUGAUAUGUCCAUCUGUAGAACACACAUCUCAAAACUGACUCAGUGACCUUGAUUUUGACCUACUGAUCUACUUUCUUCUUUUUAAGGUACGGCAAUGAAUUUGGAGAUUUUAUACAGUUUUGAACAACAUUUUUUGUGCAUCUUUAUACAUUUUCUCCCUGUACAAUAUACCAAUGCAAUGUGUCAUAUUUUCAAUACCGCUGUUCCUCUGACAAUAAGUAUUCAUCACUAUUAGUGAUAGGUCUUGUUUUAUUCUAAUAAAUAUGUUUUAUGUUUGCUUUAUAAAUGUGUGUAUUAUAAAGUCUGUGCAGAUUUCAGUAUUUUAAAGUUGAAACACCUCAGAAACUUAGUGAAAUAUGAAUCCUGCUGUGAUUCAGUCAAUAUAUACAAUCUUAUUGUUUUAUUUUUGGGAACUUAGUGUAGAAAGCUAUACAUUGUUUUAGAUAAUCAGUCUGUAUUGGUAUAUUUUAAUGUUGUUAGUUGUUAAACAAAGAUCAGUAUGAAUAAAUGAUGUUGUUAUAUGCAGAUGAAUGGUACUUUGAACUUGAUACACAUACUUGUGGUGAUUAGAUUUUUGAAGUGAUGUGUAAAAUGUUCCAAUAUAAAUAGAGACUGCUGCUUUUUAGCUCACAUGUCAUAGUGAUAAAGUGAGCUUUUGUGAUCUCGCAGCAUCCGUCCGUCCGUAAACUUUUGCUUGUGACCACUCUAGAGGCCAUAUAUUUUACAAGAUCUUCAUGAAAAUUGGUCAGAACAUUCACCUUGAUGAUAUCUAGGUCAAGUUCGAAACUGGGUCACGUGCCCUCAAAAAGUAGGUCAGUAGGUCAAAUAAUAGAAAAACCUUGUGACCUCUCUAGAGGCCAUAUUUUGCAAUGGAUCUGUAUGAAAGUUGGUCUGAAUGUUCAUCUUGAUGAUAUCUAGUUCAGAUUUGAAACUGGGUCACGUGCGGUCAAAAACUAGGCCAGUAGAUCUAAAAAUAGAAAAACCUUGUGACCUCUCUAGAGGCCAUAUAUUUCAUGAGAUCUUCAUGAAAAUUGGUCAGAAUGUUCACCUUGAUGAUAUCUAGGUCAAGUUCGAAAGUGGGUCAAGUGCCUUCAAAAACUAGGUCAGUAGGUCUAAAAAUAGAAAAACCUUGUGACCUCUCUAGAGGCCAUAUUUUUCAUGGGAUCUGUAUGAAAAUUGGUCCGAAUGUUCAUUUUGAUGAUAUCUAGGUCAAGUUCGGAAGUGGGUCAUGUGCCUUCAAAAAUUAGGUCAGUAGGUCAAAUAAUAGAAAAACCUUGUGACCUCUCUAAAGGCCAUAUUUUUCAUGGGAUCUGUAUGAAAGUUGGUCUGAAUGUUCAUCUUGAUGAUAUCUAGGUCAAGUUCGAAAGUGGGUCACGUGCCCUCAAAAAGUAGGUCAGUAGGACAAAUAAUGAAAAAAAGUUGUGACCUCUCUAGAGGCCAUAUUUUGCAAUGGAUCUUCAUGAAAAUUGAUCUGAAUGUUCACCUUGAUGAUAUCUAGGUCAGUUUCGAAACUGGGUCACAUGCGGUCAAAAACUAGGCCAGUAGGUAUAAAAAUAGAAAAACCUUGUGACCUCUCUAGAGGCCAUAUUUUUCACGAGAUCUUCAUGAAAAUUAUUGAGAAUAUUCACCUUGAUGAUAUCUAGGUAAAGUUCAAAACAGGGUCACGUACCUUCGAAAACUAGGUCAAUAGGUCAAAUAAUAGAAAAACCUUGUGACCUCUAGAGACCAUAUUUUUCAAUGGAUCUUCAUGAAAAUUGGUCAGAACUUUUAUCUUGAUAAUAUCUAGGUCAAGUUCAAAACUGGGUCACAUGAGCUCAAAAACUAGGUCACUAUGUCAAAUAAUAGAAAAAACGACGUCAUACUCAAAACUGGGUCAUGUGGGAAGAGGUGAGCGAUUCAGGACCAUCAUGGUCCUCUUGUUUUGAAGAUUUUAUCAGAAACAUUUUAUGUCAUGUUUACUAUAGGUUAGUUUCAAUUCAUUAUAAAAAAUAUAUAUAUGCCCCAUAACUGUCAAAGGAGUUGAAGAAUCUAUAUCUGCAUUUCGAAAAGAUUUUGUUAAAUACAUGGAUGGUUUUGUUGGAUGAUUACAAGUUUCAUGUCAGUCCUGCCCACUUCUCACAUCAGGACUGCCCACUUCUCACAUUAGGACUGCCCACUUCUCACAUCAGGACUGCCCACUUGUCACAACAGGACUGCCAACAUUUCAAAACAGGUCCUAUGUUGUUCUGGGAUGACAAACUCAUGUACAAAAAGAAUUGGAAAGACUACCUUACCCUUGCAUGAUGUAAGAGGUGACUUAUAGUCUGAAUCCUUGGAUUUGCUGUAUUGAUUCCAGCAGGUAUAAAAAUUUUGAUUACAUACCUCAUAUGUUUAAUUCGAUGUAAAUGUGAUGUAAAACCAAAGUUUUUAGCCCUGUUUAGUGUCAUAUAACCUGUACCUUGGGGUGUGUCUUACCACAUCACAACUGCCCAAGUUUCAAAUUGGGACUCCUAUAUUUCACAUCGGGACUGCGCAUGUUACAAGCCUGGACUGCCCACUUUUAUGAGGUGUGGUAUUUAUUUUCAAGAAAAACUGAUAGCAGGUAAUGUGAGAUCAAAAUUCAUAAACUUUAAAGUCCUUCUAUUGAUGCAAGGUUUAAUCUUUGCAGGAGUUCAUCUCUUAGUUGUGAGUAGAGUGGGAUAUUAUCUGUUUCUUGUUAUUGCCAGUUAACACUGUGUUGGUAAAGAGUAAUUAAUUAUCGCCAAGUGUACUGGGUAGGAGACUGUACAUUCAAAUCUAAUUUAGCAUAACACAUUUUUUGCUAUAUGUAGCAACUUGUGAGAUUAUAACAAAUUCUAUGUACACAAAUAUAGCAAUGUUAAUUAGUUUAAGAAAAUAAUAAUAGAUAACUGAUUUUGUACAUUUUUGUUAUCACUGUAUAAAACUGUUUUCUCUACCCUUACUCCUCACAUUAACUGCUUCCAUUGAUAUUAUGUAAAGGGACAGGCUCCUAGGUUUAUUUCUAAUUUGCAGUUUAGAUAAGGUUAAACCUGAUUUAAGCAGCCAGCUGAGGAAGCAAUUUAAUCUGUCUAUAUAAGACAGGUGUCAGCUUAAGACAAGUUGAAAUUAAAACAAAAAUUCAGUUUGGGAAGUCUGCUGACUAGCUGUUGAAAGCAAGUAUCUGAUAUAAAAUAUGAGGGAUUUUAAAACAUGUAUUUUAUAAAAUACUGGUAGAGUAUUAACUUAGAUAAUAAUAUGUUAUUUUUGAUUUAUCGUAGAUUCUGCUGGCAGUUAUAAAAAUUGUAAUUAUAUGAUAUACAUCUAGGGUUAUGCCCCUUUAAAUCAGCAGUCCAUUCCCUAAGAUGUAUGCCAAAAUAACCUAAAGGAAAUGCAGAUUAUUAAAAGAAUUUCAAACAAACUAAUUUUUUUUAUUUGAAAAAAAAAAAAAUAACAGAAAUAUAAAAAAUGAAAAAUCUUGAAUGGAUAUUAUCAAAGAUGCUGUUUUAAACGUAAAUAUUGAAGCAAAGCCGUAAUCUUACUUGUUAUGUCAAGGUAGAACUCUGUUACUGACAAAGCUUUUCUAUUCAUUUAAAAACAAACACAAGUGCUUUUAGAAUACUGACUAUAUUAUACUAAGUCAAAUCAUUUAACAUUUUAUGUAAACCUUCUACCAUAUCAACGUGCCUAAAUUAAUAAUAAUCUGAAGGCAUGUCCCUUGUAAGAUAAUUUGAAUCAUAUUGUUUUGUCAUUAAAAGUUGUUUUCUUUAAGGUAGUGAACUCAUAAUUAUACUCGGCAAUUCCUGUGUCUCAGAAUUCUAUCUUGGUGUUCUGUAGCUGUUAGUGUACCUCAAACAAACACCUUUCUGCACCAGCCAGGAAAUUAGGAAACCACAUACUGAGAAUAUGCGAUCUAAUGGUACCUGUGGAUUACAAUUACGGCUCCACUACCUACAGCUUGGUGUUUGAUAUUACAUGUUUAAUUGAAGGUAAAUCAUUUCAUGAUAAUGUGCUGGUCUUGAAAUCCUUUGUGUGUAUUGAAACAGUAUGUGUGUGUCAUAUAUUUACUUAACUUACUCCUCUUGGUAUUGCGUAUUUACAUUUAAAAUUAUCCCCACUGUUUCUAAUACAGAAGCUUAUUUUAGCAGGUCUGAUUGUGGAAUAAAAUCUGUGUGGUAUUGUUGUCAGUUGGUGGUUAACAUUCUUAAUUAGCUCCACUUUUUCUCAGAAAAUGUAAAAGCUGUAGCUUUGAAACUUUGCACCCUUAUUUGAGUAAGUAGAUGAAGAACCAUAACUGUCAUGUCCAUUUUGUCACAAUUGUGACCCUUUUUGUACUUGGGUAGUAAAAGCCAUUUUCAGUUUUGCUAGCCUAUGAAGAAGUUCGUAGUCUAUGCUUUGCCUUACCAAAUUUCUUUCUAUUUUACACCCAGCUACUAAGUGUUAAUUUACUUUGAAUGAAUUUCUGAUAUCCUGAAAGAAAAAUAAACUGUAAGACUAGAUUUCAGGAGUACAGUUUUGCAAUCGUUUUCUGGUAUUGUAGAUGCAUCGUUUUGUCAAUAAUUGUUUUCAAUUAGUAAAUUUUUUUGUCAGUGAUAUUUUUGACAAAUGCAUGCUUUUGUCAGUGAUGAUGCUGACUAAUGCAUAAUUUAUGCCUGUUGAUAUGCUUAUUAUAAUGAAUGUUUGUGUGAAAUAAGACAAAUGUAUCUGUUAUCAUUAAAGCUUAUGAUUAAGAGAUGGAUGCCUUUUGUGAGCAAAUUUUUCAUUUUCAAAUCUCUCCUGUUAAAUUGUAUUAAGAAUUAAAUUGCUGCUUGAACAUGUUGAUACAUGUACAUUUGUUGUUAAAUUUGUGUCACUGAGGAUUUUAAUAAUGUGGUUUUCAGUUUUAUAUAAGUAUUUCACAGUUGUAUAUGUAUGUAUUCAUAAUUUGUUGACUCAUUAUUUAGUGAAUUGUAAAUAUUAUCAUUGUGAAUAUUAAAAGAUGAUAACAUGUCA